AUGGAUAUGGUCUUUCAAAGGUCUUCGGAACCCGAUAACGCUGUCACGGCGAUUCCAAUUAAUACUGACCAAAUUUCAGAAAAAUCGGGUAUUUUGUUUACUCUAGGUGGACAAGGUAAGCAAGGAUGGCACAAGGAAUGGAUUGUUCUUUCACGAGGACGAUUAACGGAAUAUUCAGAUUGGAGACUGGGGAAAUCUCAGGUGAAGAAACCCAUAGAUAUUGCUCUCACAAGCGUCAAAGCAGUGAACCAUGAUAGACGGCAAUAUUGCUUCCAGAUAAGUACUUCCGACGGACACCACCACACGUUUCAAACAUUCAAUGAAGAAGAGCGUUCGAAAUGGCUUCGAGCUCUCUACAAUGCUGGCCAACAGGUUGAUACUACAAAGCUAAGAGAGGACCAUGGCGAGAAACAAGUGAGAAAAAACCUGGAACGAAGGAAGAACUUAGGUAGAUUGAAGACAGCAGGAAACCAUGUGGUCAACACUAUCAUACCUGGCCAAACCCAUGAUUUGUCGGUGUCUCCUGUGUCGAUUCAUUCCAAGCAAGAAAGUGAGAUGGAUUAUCUUGCAGCCGUGAGAUUCAACCCGGACGACUUGAACAACAUCUGUGCUGACUGUGGCAGUACUGAAGCCGUCGAAUGGGUAUCCAUCAACUUUUUAACGGUGUUUUGUGUACGGUGUUCUUCGUCGCACCGUAGUUUGGGUUCUCAUAUCACUCGAAUUAAGUCGCUAAAGUUGGACAAAUUUGCCAAUGAAACUGAAGCACUUUUGAAAUACGUGAGUAACCGUACUGCCAACAAUUAUUUGGAGAGUAAUUUACCGGCCAAAGAAAAAAUUUCCACUAAUGUUCUGGAUGCGAAUCGACUCGAGUUUGUUAAACGAAAAUAUGUGUUCAAGUCCUACUCUGAGAAGUACCCCGAUGCUGAUAACCUAUUGGUCAGAGCGAUACAAAAGAUUAACGUUCCUGAUGUCGCUAAAUACCUCGCAUGUGGAGCAGAUCCCAAUAUGAUCAUCAAAAUCAAUGUGAACAAAGCAAAAGAAGAACCAAGCCAGUUUCGAACCGUGACUUUGUUCGAGUAUUCGCUAAGGAAACUGAUUGAGGUCGAUACUCCCGUUGGCUCCAAAAAACUAUUUGUGGUAUCGGAACUUAUCAUCUUGAAUGGUGGAAAGGCUGAAAAGUUCAACAGCAAUUCUGACACACAAAUCAACGAAGACAAUGCUUCAGAACUCGGUCUCUCAGAAGAAGCCAUAACCUACUGGAAAGCUCGCAGCUUGAGGCUUCAAGGUCUUAAGAGCCCAACGGCAUAA